AUGAACUGCACCAUCGCCUCUGAAGAUGCUUUCGGGCCUCAAGCUCGGGCAUGUUAUGGCGGAUACGACUUUACUUUGUUGUUCGAGGAGUCUGUGAUGACGAUCGGCCCGAUCGGACUUUUACUCCUAUGUCUUUUCCCUAGAGUGGUCUACCUAUACAGAAAGUCACUGAGAGAUGGAAGUAAAGAUGGCGCUUAUACAGCCAAACUCAUCAGCUACGGAUGGUUCGCUGCCAUCCAAACGGCCAUUCUAGUAUCCUGGACAUCGGGCGAUGAACCCACAACACGCACGACUGUCCCAGCUGCGGCGCUCGGUCUGGUCGCCGCUGUUGCGCUCGGUCUCGCAGCGCACUUCGAACACACGCGCUCCGUGAAACCGCCCCUUAUUAUCGAAAUUUACCUUCUAUUCACUAUCGCCUUCGAUGCGGUUCGACUACGCACGCUAUGGGGUAUGGGAUAUCAUGGUCACAUAUUCAAGUUAUCGACUAUCUUCGUCAUAUGGAAAGUGGUGUUGCUCGUGCAGGAGGCCUGGCCUCGGGAGCUUGGUUUGUUGGAACAGUCGUACAGUCCUGAAGAGAAGGUCGGCUGGAUCAAUCGGCGCAUGUUUUGGUGGGUGAACCCGUUGCUGUUUCUGGGUUCCAAGAAAGAUUUGCAGGCGGAUGAUCUCUUCACCCUUAACCGCUCCCUGCAAUCUGAAGUAUGUUCGAAGAGCUUCUCGGAGGUUUGGCAAAAUGCAAAGCCGGCAAGAAAGGGCAAGAAAAAUGGACUUCUUUGGAUUAUGGCUUGGGAGCACAAAUUGGUCCUUCUGACUGCGGUUCUUCCGCGGUUGUGCUUCACAGCCUUCACCUUCACCCAGCCGUUCCUUAUCGACGCUGUCGUUAAAUACCUGCAGACUGUGUCGGAGAAUCACAACCGUAAAGAUGGAUACGGAUUACUUGGUGCAUAUAUAAUUGUAUACGUCGGCCUGGGAAUUUCCGAAGCAUGCUAUCAGCAUAUCACGUACCGCACUAUUGUCCUCAUGAGAGGUUGCCUUGUGCCGCUAAUCUAUGAAAAGACGCUCUCUAUGGACCCCAAGAAGGCUGAAGAAUAUGCGCCAGUAACAUUGAUGAGCGCUGACAUUGAGAAGAUAGCUUUCGGAAUGCGCUACAUGCAUGAGGCUUGGGGAAAUAUUAUUGAGAUAGCUUUGGCUCUGUGGCUGCUAUAUCGGGAGCUGAACUAUGGAGGGCUGAGUCCCAUUCUUAUUGCCGUCGUUUGCGGGGCUACCGCUGCUACAAUGGCACCAGCUGUCGGGAGGCGGCAGGCGACUUGGGUUGAGGGCAUACAGAAGAGAAUCGAUGUCACAACAUACAUGAUCAACUCAAUGAAGAGCUUGAAGUUGGAAGGACUGACCCCUUGGUUUAUGGACUUUGUACAGAAUUUGAGGGUCAAGGAAAUUGGAUACGCUAAUAGAUUUAGAUCUUUUCUCAUAUACGCUGUCAGCUUGUCAUUCGGAACUUCAGUCAUAUCACCCGUCGUCGGCUUCGGCGUAUUCAUCGCCUUAUCGCGAUCUGACAACGGCCCGGAGCUGACCACCUCCAGGGCCUUCACCACAUUGUCUCUGUUUUCAGUCCUUCAGAACCCAAUGUCAAUGCUACUGCAAUCUGUUCCCAACCUCAUCUCAGCCGUCGGGUCUAUCGAGCGCGUGCGCGUGUUCCUGAUGACCGAGAACACCAGAGAAGUGGGCUUCCUUAGCUCCUUUACCUCUGAGCAAACCCUGUUCCCAGAAAUGGACAACAUCCGGGACAUGGAGAUGCAGGAUACCGAAAUGGAGAAUGCAGUUGAGGCAUUGAACUGGAGCGUGGGAUGGGUAUCUACUCGCGAACCGAUCGUGAAACGAAUGACAUUUAAGAUCCGGCCGUCUACGCUUACGAUCAUCACGGGCCCAACUGGUUGUGGAAAAUCAACAUUACUUGCUGGUUUGAGGGGAGAGACAGCCGUGACAAAGGGGUACAUGAGAUGCCGCUAUCCCUCUGCUGCAUUUUGCAGUCAGGAUCCAUGGCUGCAGAAUGGAACCAUACUGAGUAAUAUUCUCGGCCCGGCUACGUACGAACCGCGAUGGUUCCGGGAGGUCACGCAGGCAUCUGGAUUGAGGCAGGACUUGAAAUCGAUGCCGUUGGGUGUUCAGACGGUUGUGGGAAGUAAGGGACUGUCAUUGAGUGGGGGUCAAAAACAUCGGGUGGCACUUGCAAGGGCUCUUUAUUCGCGACAGCCCUUGUUGCUUCUUGAUGACAUAUUCAGUGGAUUCGAUGCAGAGACAGAGAAGCUGGUCAUCGCACGGCUAUUUGGCCAGAGUGGCUUUUGUAGGAAACACAACCUGACCACCAUCCUUGCAACCCAUUCCACUCGCCUUUCCUCCUCUGCAGACUAUACCAUCACACUUGAUAGCAAAGUCCAUAUUUCGGAAAAGAAGGGAUCGAUUGUUUCUAGUCUUCCUGGGCCUAGCGGUGGUGACUUUCUUUCAGAGCCCAUAUUGAGCGAUGCAAGAUUGAGUUGGAUUGUGAGGCAGUCCAACCCCGAUGUACCGCACGAGCUUGCCGCACAGCUUGAAACAUCUGAUGCUAGCCGCCGGACAGGAGAUGUGACGAUAUACAAGUACUACCUGGAAAUGGUCGGAAUACUCAAUUCUGUGGUUUUCUUUAUCGCGGUCGCGAUUUUCACAUUCAGUCUUGCAUUUCCGAGUGUAUGGGUCCAAUGGUGGGCUGCCGCAAACGAAAAGCACCCAUACAAGGACCUCGGCAUGUAUUUGGGUGUAUAUGCUUUCCUGGCAGUUAUGGCGGAGCUCACGCAUAUGAUGAGCAAUAUGAUUCCCCGAGCGUCAAGGAAGUUGCAUAAGAUCCUCCUUCGCACGGUGCUAAAUGCUCCCAUAUCCUUCUUUCACACAACCGAUUCUGGUGUGACGACCAACAAGUUCAGUCAAGAUAUGCAACUGGUGGACAUGGAGCUACCCCUUGCUCUUGUCGAAACAAGCGUCGCUCUCAUGUCUGCAAUAGCACAGCUCCUAAUAGUAUUCAUCACUGGAAAGUACCUUGCAGCUAUCAUUCCGCUAUGCCUGGCAGUCUUCUACUUCCUGCAAAAGUUCUACCUUCGGACAUCACGACAGCUACGGUUCAUGGAGCUUGAAGCCAAAUCUCCCCUCUAUUCCAACUUCAUGGAGACCGUGAACGGACUGGUAACCAUUCGUGCUUUCGGAUGGCAGUCUGACUUUCUUACGAAUAUUUGCGGCCUAACAGAUGCAUCGCAACGGCCUUAUUACCUGCUCUUCGUUAUCCAGCGAUGGCUCACUCUCGUCCUUGACAUGGUUGUGGCAGGAAUGGCGACGCUGAUUGUUGGCAUUGCUGUCGGCGCUCCCGGGUCCAUUGGAGCCGGUUCUGCAGGACUGGGGUUGCUGAAUAUCAUCAACGUGAGCGAAAGUUUGAAGCAGCUAAUUUCGAAUUGGACUGUGUUAGAAACUUCAAUCGGAGCAGUGUCACGUGUCAGGCAGUUUCAGGAUGAGGUUCAGCCUGAAGAUAGGCCGGAUGGGCACAUUGAAGUUCCAGCGCGCUGGCCGGAGAGAGGCGACGUUAAGUUCUUCAAUGUCUUUGCUUCUUACAGACCUGAUGACCAACCCGUUCUCCAUGACGUGACACUGUCGAUAGCAGCGGGUGAGAUGGUCGCUAUUUGCGGUCCUAGUGGCAGUGGCAAGAGCUCACUAGUUCAACUCCUCUUCCGCCUUCUCGAACCCGACAAUGGUCAGAUUACCAUCGACGGACUGGACAUUAGCUCUAUCUCUUGCCAGGACAUCCGAUCAUCUCUCUCGUGCAUAUCCCAAGCAGUCACCAUCCUUCCCGGUACUGUACGACAAAACAUAGACCCUCUUGGGAAGGAACCUGACGAGAGUAUUAUCAAUGUCUUAAAAAAGGUCAAGCUAUGGGACAUUGUAUCAACGCAACUUGGUGGCUUGGACGGCCUGGUUCAGGAAGAAAGCUUCUCGCAGGGACAGAAGCAGCUUCUUCGCUUAGCUGCUGCUAUGUUGAGGAAGAGCAAAGUUGUUGUUCUAGAUGAAGCGACGAGUAGUGUCGACCCCGAAACUGACGAUCUCAUGCAGCAGCUGAUUCGCACAGCAUUCGCAGAUUGCACAGUCAUUGCAGUUGUGCAUCGAAUCCAUACAAUCCUUGAUUUUCACAAGGUGGUUGUCAUUGAAAGUGGACGCAUUAUCGAGUCUGGCCCUCCGAAAGAGUUGCUGGCCGAAAAUGGCCUGUUCAGCCAACUUUACGGAAAAGGAACCACCACUACCACCAUAGACAUGGACCCCGAGAAGUCCUGGCUCAGAGUUUGA